AUGUUAACUCGUGUAGUACCAGUAGUGUGUCGUACAGCAGUAGUACGUAGUUCGCUGAGACUUCUGAGCGCACAGGCUACAGAUGACUUUGCUCUACAUGAGUUUGGUGAGAAGUACUUGGGCCAUCGUAAGGCUGCGUUCACUGAGAAGCUGGAGAUCAUUGAUCCUGAUAAGGCACCGGCUAUGCCAAUUUAUCGCGUAACCGACACGAAAGGCAAUCUCUUAGACUCGUCACAGGACCCAAAUUUUGAUAAGGUUUGUUUGCACAUCCUUAAAGGCAGUGGAUCGGCAAAGUGGGCCUUUCUCAGACUUUGGUGGUGUUUGGUAGUAGAAUUUCCAAGUACACCGUAGCC